UUUCGGUAGUCAAUGUCCUUGCGAAGCUAAUCUGCUUUGUGAAGUUGAUGAUGUAUGUUUUAUAAGUUAUUGCAACGUGUUUUCAUGCCGAGCGAAAAAUCAAAUUGUUGCAUUGCCCUUUGACAGAAAAUGGCCGCUCUAGACAGAAAAGGUACUUUUAAAGUCGAGUAUCUCCAAGAGAUAGAAAAGAAAGUCCAGCAGAAAUGGGAUCAAGAGAAAAUAUUUGAAAUGGAAGCACCAUCUGAUGGGAAAACCCAUGAAAAAUUCAUGUGCACUUUCCCAUACCCCUAUAUGAAUGGACGUUUACAUCUAGGGCACACAUUUUCACUCUCUAAAUGUGAAUUUGCAUCAAGAUAUCACAGGUUAAAAGGAAAAAUGGUGCUUUUCCCAUUUGGCUUCCACUGUACUGGAAUGCCUAUUAAAGCUUGUGCUGAUAAAUUAAAGAGGGAAAUGUCUGUGUAUGGGUACCCUCCAGUCUUUCCUGAUGAAGAGGAAGUGUCUAUACAAGAGGAAGGAGACAUUGUUCCAAAAGAUAAGAGUAAAGGAAAAAAGAGCAAAGCAGUAGCUAAAACGGGUACAGCAAAAUUUCAAUGGCAGAUUAUGAGAAGUCUAGGAAUCCCUGAAGAUGAAAUCAAAGAAUUUGCCAAUGAGUCUUACUGGCUGGAGUAUUUUCCGCCUCUGGCUGUUGCAGACCUUAAAAGGAUGGGUAUUCAUGUUGACUGGCGUCGAAAAUUUAUCACUACAGACGCAAACCCAUUUUACGACUCAUUUAUUAGAUGGCAAUUCAAUCAUUUAAAAGAUCGUAAGAAAAUUAUGUAUGGUAAACGAUACACUAUAUUUUCACCUUUAGAUAAACAACCUUGUAUGGAUCAUGACAGAAGUUCUGGAGAAGGUGCUGGACCACAAGAAUAUACCUUAAUUAAAAUGGAAGUUUUAGAACCUUAUCCAUCUAUUUUAGAGUCUUUCAAAGGCAAGAAAGUUAGCUUUGUUGCAGCAACACUGAGACCGGAAACAAUGUAUGGCCAAACCAACUGUUGGAUACAUCCUGAUAUUAAAUACAUAGUCUUUGAAACAGUGAAAGAUGGUAUAUUUAUAAGUACAAAACGUGCUGCCAGGAACAUGGCUUAUCAAGACUUCACAGAAAGGGAUGGUGAAUUUAAGAUUCUGCAGGAAGUUGUAGGACAAAACUUACUGGGAGUGGCUUUAAAAUCUCCCUUUACAUGUUAUCCCAAGAUCUAUGCAUUGCCCAUGUUGACUAUAAAAGAAGACAAAGGUACCGGUAUUGUCACAAGUGUGCCUUCCGAUUCUCCUGAUGACUAUGCAGCAUUAGUUGAUUUACAAAAGAAACCAGCUUUUCGGGAGAAGUAUGGUAUCACAGAGGAAAUGAUAAUGCCUUUCAAACCUGUUCCUAUAUUGGAAAUUCCAGAAUUUGGUAAUCUAUCUGCUGUGUAUGUGUAUGACAAACUUAAGAUUCAGAGUCAAAAUGACAGGGAAAAGCUAACUCAAGCCAAAGAGAUGGUGUACUUGAAAGGUUUUUAUGACGGUGUUUUGUUAGUUGGUGAAUACAAAGGAAGUAAAAUUCAAGAUGUAAAGAAAAAUUUACAAAAUAAAUUGAUACAAGAGAAAAGUGCUGUUGUUUAUUACGAACCUGAAAAAACUAUAAUAUCGAGGUCUGGUGACGAAUGUGUAGUAGCUCUUUGUAACCAGUGGUACCUGGACUAUGGCAAUGAAGAGUGGAAGAGUCAAGCCGAAAAGGCUUUAGCAGCAAUGGAUACAUACCAUGAUGAGGUUAGAAAGAAUUUCCAGGCCACCCUAAAGUGGCUACAUGAGUAUGCAUGCUCAAGAACUUAUGGACUUGGAACCAAAUUACCUUGGGAUACUCAGUGGGUGAUAGAAUCUCUGUCUGAUUCAACUAUCUACAAUGCAUACUAUACAAUUGCUCAUUUUCUCCAAGGCGAUACAUUCAGAGGUAACAAAGAAAACGCUCUUAAAAUCAAGCCUGAAGAGAUGACUAGUGAAGUUUGGGACUACAUAUUUUUCAAAGAUGCACCAUUCCCAAAGAAAACAAAAAUUGCAAAGGCAUCCUUAGAUCUUAUGAAAAGAUCGUUCCAAUUUUGGUAUCCAGUAGAUCUGCGAGUGUCAGGUAAAGAUCUUAUUCAGAACCAUUUGACGUUUUACAUUUACAACCACUGUGCGAUAUGGCCGAACGAGCAAGAUAAAUGGCCAAAAGGCAUCAGGGCUAACGGCCAUCUUAUGUUGAAUUCGGCCAAAAUGUCGAAAUCCGAGGGCAAUUUUUUGACACUGACUGAAUCAAUAGAGAAAUUCAGCGCAGACGGUAUGCGACUGACGCUGGCCGACGCUGGCGACUCUGUAGAAGAUGCGAACUUUGUCGAGAGCACGGCUGAUGCAGCUAUACUAAGGCUGUACACGUUUAUUGAGUGGGUCAAGGAGAUUGUCGCCACUAAGGCUACCUUAAGAACAGGCAAACAAAAUUUCCACGACAAGGUAUUCGUAAGCGAGAUGAAUACAAAAGUAGCGCAGACCGAUGAUAAUUACAACAGAAUGCUGUUCAAAGAAGCUCUGAAGACUGGUUUCUUUGAGUUGCAAGCAGCUAGAGAUAAAUACAGAGAGCUGUGUUCCGAGGCUGGAAUGCACGCGGAACUUGUGACGAGGUACAUAGAGACACAGGCCAAACUGAUGUCGCCUAUCUGUCCUCACGUCGCGGAACACGUUUGGGAAUUGCUCGGCAACAAAAGAAGCAUUCUUCACGAGAGGUGGCCAGUAGCGGGCGACGUGGAUGAGGUGGCGGUCAAAGCUAGCAACUACCUGAUGGACGCGGCACAUUCUUUCCGAAUUUAUCUGAAGAAUCAUUGCGCUGUCAAGAAGCCUAAGAAGGGAGAAACUCCCAAACCAGAGAGAAAGCCCAACAAAGCCACCAUUUGGGUUGCCAAGGAAUAUCCGAAAUGGCAACACAUUAUUCUGACUACUCUCAAACAACUGAAUGGUCCGGCAGGUCUUCCUGACAACAAGACGAUUUCCAGCAAGUUAGGCGAGGUGGCGGAACUUAAGAAGUAUAUGAAACGAGUGAUGCCGUUCGUGCAAGCAACCAGGGAGAAUGUGGAGCGAGUGGGGGCGGAGGCUCUGUCUGUCGGCCUGCCGUUCGAUGAAGCCGCCAUAUUGGUGGACAACAAGCAGUACUUACUUAGCACAUUAGAUUUGGAGAGUAUUGAAGUGAAGUAUACAGACAGUGAAGAUACGCCUGAGAAGACGCGAGAAGAUUGUGCGCCCGGUCAGCCACAUAUCUCCUUCAGCGUCGAGGCCGGCGUUACUGUGAAUUUGAUCAACCCUACACCACAAAGUGGACUCUUCUCUGUCUCCAUAAACCUGGUGAACGGAGAUACAAUCGAGAAAGUGAAGUCGAAAAUCGUCAAGGAAGUCAAGACAAUUAAAGAUGCGAAUUGUCUUAAAUUAUGGCGGUACAAAGAUCCUAUACUGGGGCCUAGGAAGAUCCCAGUCCCUGGAGAUCAUGAGACUAAAUGUUUAGUAUUGGAUAAUGCUACAGUAUUAAAAGUUGAUGUGGCUACCAACAAAGUUGAGCUACUCAAUAAUGGAAAGAAUAUAGACAUAGGCACGCAAAUAGUGUAUACUUAUGAAAAGUAACUUUUCAUACGAACUUUUUACUUCAUGGUAAUAAAUUAUUUAUUUAUUUUACCGAU